AUGCAGACGACGCUACAACACAGUCUAUACUCUAUUCCUGUUGCCUUCGAAUGUCUUCCAUGUGCGGAAGGCUGUGAAGCUUGCGAGGACGGUUCUCCAUGUGUGGCAGCAUUGAACUGGGUUGUAAGAACCACUAUCUUCGCACUGGCCUGCCUCGUCAUCUCAUGUUUACCUUUCAUCAUAUAUUUUACUAUCAAAUAUGGGCAUGUCAGGGUCGUUAGAGCUGCCAGUCCAGCUCUCCUUCGCGUCAUAGUACUGGGUGCACUGCUUAUCUAUUGCACUACACUCGUGAUGUACGGAAGACCAACAGUGUUUACCUGCACCGCCAGGGUGUGGCUGCGGGAAGUUGGCUUUUGCCUCACGUACGGGGCACUAAUGUUGAAGACUUGGAGGAUAUCAGUAAUUUUCCAAGUCCGAUCAGCGAAGGCGGUGAAAAUAUCAGACAUGUACCUUCUGCGUCGGAUCGGCAUCAUCGUUGGAGUAGCGUGUGUACUGCUCGCUAUUCGGACGUUGGUUGCACCGCCUGCAGUCAUCGUCGGGAGGACCAAGGAUGAUUUGAAGGCGUAUCUGUGUAAUACAGAUUGGUGGGACCACUCAUUUACUACGUUGGAGGUGAUUUUCUUGAUGUGGGGCAUCAGGCUGUGUAUCAUGGUGCGAAAAGCGCCUUCGGAGUUCAACGAAAGCCGGUUCAUCUCCAUGGCAAUUUAUAACGAAUUCCUUCUCUCUGUUUUCCUUAAUAUAUCCAUGUUAUUCCUACAAUCACCAGCGAACCCUGAUCUCCUCUACAUUAUAUUCUUUUGCCACACUCAGCUUACAGUCACUUUGUUGCUGUGCUUCAUCUUUGGGAGCAAGGUAGGCACGGCAUACAUGGUGUACAAAGGGCAUGGAAAAGACGAGCGGGAGAAAACGGGCAAGUUCAGAUCGCGGCCAGCGGAGUCCACAUACACGAUGACUACGAACAGAAGCGCCAGGUUCUGUGAUAAUAUGACUGAGAGGGAGCUUGAGGAGGAGUUUAGAAAAAUAUGCAACCAACUCGAAAAGCUUAGGGAGCGGUGCGGAACUGGAGCCAUCAUAUCACGGAGAAUUUCUGCCAUGCAGGAUGCUGCUACAGUUUAUGAUCGAAAGCCUCCCACUUCGGAGCAUUCUGCCCCACUCAAACUAAAUACAGUCUUCAGUGCUGUAGCUGACCGGCUAAUGUGUACAGUCACCCCAGCUGAAGAAUCCAGUAGUAGCGGCAGAGACAUGCCUUUUGAAGCCCCUCCUGCAUACAAACACAAAACCUUCAGUCCCACUAAAAGUAAUACAGAUAAUACAACCAGCCAUGCAGAACAGAGUCAAACGGAUGUUACUACUGAUUCGCCCAAAAAUCGUUCAGAUAUAAACGAAGAAGCAAAGGAAGAUAAACAGAACGGUGUGUUUAAAAUAUCCGGUGAACCUAACUGUAGUGACAUCCGACCACCAGAAGUAAGUAGGAAUGAUUACAACACUAUAAGUGAGAAAAUCAGUGAUCUAAAAUCGAGUCCCGGUAGUACAGAGACUGUGAAAGGUGUUAGAUCAGGGCAUGCAAGGACUCAUGCUAUAGUUAUUAAUUUAGAUGAUAAGAGUCGCUUUACUGAAGAGGUUACUGUCUAA